AUGAGAUUUGAAAUUACGUUUGAUAAUCACCGACCAUCCACAACCUGCGUCUUGGUACAUCAUCGCUUCUUGCUUCUUAUCUUUCGAGGGGUGUCGAUUGCCAACCAUGGACCAGAACUGCUGCUUUCAUUUGUUUUUGACGUUUCAUGUGUCCUGUUCCAUGAUUCUUGUCCAGAUUUACUUCAGAUUGUCCAGAUGCUUGCUAGUGUUGUCACUUACUCUGUUAUGGCUACAACUCUUCUUCUUGUCGCACUAUACGCCAUUAUUGUAAGUCGUCGCAUGGAAAUCAAUACGGUUACUGCAUUUGUCAGUGCCAAAAACUCAACUUCGACAUUGCGCUUAGCCUGGUGUCUCUUUUCGGCGGGUAUUGGAGCAGGUACACUUUUUGCAUUCCCUCAAAUUGGUGUCGAUGCAGGAUCGUGGGGGGUGAUUGGUUAUGCAUUGUCUGGAGUUGUGGGAAUGCUAGUGUUGGCAUUUGUUGGACCAUAUAUGCGUUCAGCAUUGGGUGAAAAUGUUACCAUGACGGACGUUGUCUCGACCCGAUUUGGGUAUAUUAUGCAGCUUUACGUUGGAUUUAUUGCGAUGUUUUACCAAUUUAUAUGCCUUGCUUCGGAAUAUACUUCGAUUGCGCAACUUACGACAAUGAUAUCACCAAAUGCACGACCAAUGAUUACAAUACUUAUUGUAGCGUUUUUAACAAAUUUAUACCUCACGAUUGGAGGUCUUCGAGCAAGUCUUGCUACUGAUGUAUGGCAAGGUAUUGGUGUCGUUGGUCUCGUUGCUGUCGUAUGCAUUGCCAUGUUUCUUCAUGUUUCUAUCCCUGAUGGUGCAUGGUCGGAUACAAAAGUUGCGGCCUUUACAACGUCAGGCUUUGAAACACUCGUUACGCUUAAUAUUGCAGUAACAGCUGCCAGUUUGUUCUUCACAGGCUUCUGGCAACGCGUUUAUGCAGCGUAUGACAAUAAAACCCUUCGCAAUGCCUCAUAUAUUGCUAGCUGUAUUAUUGCAUUGUUUACAGUGGCACUAGCAAUCGCGGGGAUGGUCUCGUAUCUCGCGUAUCCAGACGGAGAUUUGUUCUUUGCAAUUUUGAUUGAUAUGGGCCAAGGUUGGCAGGUUCUCAUUGUUGUGGUCAUUGCUAUGUUAUCAAGUGGCGUCUCGGAUUCAAUCCAGAUGGGCCUUGUAGCAGAGCUAACGACGUGUUUUCCAAACCUUUCGCUUCUACAAGCACGCAUCAUUUGUGUAUUAUUGAAUGCACCGGCGAUCGUCAUUGGCUACCAACAAUAUGAUAUAUUGACGCUCUAUUUAAUUGCUGAUUUAUUGUGUACGGCUGCCGUGGGUCCAAUGUUGCUUGGCACGUGGAAACGUGCGACUCGCUCUGGCGCCUUAGCUGGAAGUGCUGCUGGUUUGGUCACGAUCUUUAUUUGUGGUGUCAUUAUGCAGGGUAAAUUUUUGGGUGGAUUUAACUGGUUUAUCUUGCCCGAAGGUCUUUAUUCUCAAAACAGCAUGAUUACAUUUAUUGUCACGCUAAUUGUCCCACCAGUUGUAACUGUGGUUGUAUCAUUGAUGACGAAAGUUAAAGAGAGCCAAGUAGCCAAGGACGACAGCUUUUUACUUGAAAGCUCUCCUAUUCAAGAAACAGUCAAUUAA